CUGAGGCACUUUGUAACAAACUAUGGUUUAAAAUGAAACCGGCCGGGAAAUCAGUGCACUUUGCCUAAAGGAGCCUUGUAUGAUUCUGGAUUAACCAUGAAAGACUUAAUGAACAUUCCACUCGUACAUAUCUUCACCCUGGCGGCCUUCAGCUUAGCUGAAAAACUUCCAAAAGCUCCCCUUAUCAACACUCCUCUGGAAACCGUGGACGCACUAGUAGAAGAGGUCACUAAAUUCAUGUGUGUAGUGGACUCCUACCCCGAGCCAGAGAUUACCUGGACACGUAACAACAUUCCCAUCAGGCUGUUUGAUACACGAUACAGCAUACAAGAGAAGGGGCAGCUUCUGACCAUUCGCAGCGUAGAGGACAGCGAUGAUGGCGUAUACUGCUGCUCAGCGGACAAUGGAGUUGGAGUGCCUGCAAGAAGCUGUGGGGCUUUACAGGUGAAAAUGAAACCUAAAAUAACUCGUCCUCCUGUAAAUGUAAAAAUAAUAGAAGGAUUAAAGGCUGUUCUUCCUUGUGCUACCAUGGGGAAUCCCAAACCUUCUGUCUCUUGGAUCAAGGGAGAAACCGUUCUAAAGGAAAAUGCUCGGAUUGCUGUUCUGGAAUCAGGGAGUCUAAGGAUCCAUAAUGUUCAAAGAGAAGAUGCAGGACAUUAUCGCUGUGUAGCAAAGAACAGCCUGGGCACAGCCUAUUCGAAACCUGUCACAAUGGAUGUGGAAGUUUUUGCCAGAAUCCUGAAGGCUCCUGAAUCCCACAAUGUCACCUUUGGGUCUGUGGUGACUCUGCGGUGCACGGCAACAGGCAUUCCCAUUCCCACUGUCACAUGGCUUGAAAAUGGAAAAGCUGUUUCUGCAGGAUCUAUAGUCGAAAGCGUGAAAGACAGAGUGAUCGACUCCCGACUGCAAGCGUACAUCACCAGGCCAGGCUUGUUCACUUGCAUUGCCACCAACAAACACAGCAAAACCUUUGGCACUGCAAAAGCUGCAGCAACUAUCAGUGUGUCAGAAUGGAGCAAACUGUACAAGGGUGAUACAGGCUACUGCAGCACAUACAGAGGUGAGGUGUGUAGUGCUAUCUUGGUGAAGGAUGCUCUUGUUUUCUUCAACUCCUCCUAUGCUGACCCAGAGGAGACCCAAGAGCUGCUUGUUCAUACUGCCUGGACUGAACUGAAAACGGUGAGUUCAUUCUGCCACCCAGCUGCUGAGUCUCUGCUGUGUAACUACAUCUUCCAGGAGUGCAAUCCCUCCGGAGUUGGACCGGCUCCAAAGCCUGUGUGCAGAGAGCAUUGCCUUGCGGUAAAGGAUCUCUACUGCUUUAAGGAAUGGCUCUCACUGGAGGAGAAUUCCCAGAAAGGGAUUUACAAACCAGGAUUAAUGCUGCUCGCUCUACCUGAAUGCAACAGACUUCCCAGCCUGCACCAGGACCCCAAGGCCUGCACCAGGAUUCCAUAUUUCGAUUUUGAGACAGAAAAUACAACCACAACUUGCUACAAAGGGAAUGGCAGGUUCUACCAGGGUUCUGUCAAUGUCACAACCUCAGGCAUUCCUUGCCAGAAGUGGAGUGAACAGGUACCCCAUUUGCACAGAAGGACCCCUCAGGUUUUCCCAGAGCUGUCAAAUGCAGAGAACUCUUGUCGUAAUCCAGGAGGGGAAAAUGAACGUCCCUGGUGUUACACAAAGGACCAUUCUGUAAACUGGGAAUACUGCAGUGUGCCUCUUUGUGGAGAGGUAUCCAUAUCACCAGGAACAAAAAAACCAAGUGUAGAGACUCCCAAUCUCCCUUCCUCUUUCUCCCCUACCUACUCCAUGACUGUCAUCAUUUCCAUCAUCUCCAGCUUUGCAUUGAUAGUGAUUCUCAUUAUCAUUGCUCUUGUUUGCUGCCGAAGACGAAGACAAUGGAAAAACAAAAAGAGGGAGUCACAAGCACCAGCGCUAACCACUCUUCCAUCAGAGCUCCUAUUGGACAGACUUCAUCCUAACCCCAUGUAUCAGCGCAUACCCCUUCUCCUGAAUCCUAAAUUACUGAGCCUGGAAUACCCAAGAAACAAUAUUGAAUACGUGAGAGAUAUUGGAGAAGGAGCAUUUGGAAGGGUCUUUCAAGCAAGGGCUCCUGGAUUGCUUCCUUCUGAGCCAUUCACAAUGGUGGCAGUGAAAAUGCUAAAGGAAGAAGCUUCGGCAGACAUGCAGGCUGAUUUCCAGAGGGAGGCGGCUCUCAUGGCAGAAUUUGAUAACCCAAAUAUCGUCAAACUGUUAGGGGUGUGUGCUGUUGGGAAACCCAUGUGUCUGCUGUUUGAAUACAUGGCUUACGGGGAUCUCAAUGAGUACCUACGCACUCGCUCACCGCAUAACCUCUGCAGCCUGAGCCACAGUAACCUUGAUGCCAGGAUCAGGCUCUCCAAUCCCAACCCCCUCGCUUUGUGCUGCACUGAUCAGCUUGGCAUUGCCAAGCAAGUGGCUGCGGGCAUGGCGUACCUCUCAGAGCGCAAGUUUGUGCAUCGGGAUUUGGCCACCAGGAAUUGUUUGGUGGGUGAGAAUAGGGUGGUAAAAAUCGCCGAUUUUGGCCUCUCGAGGAAUAUCUAUUCAGCAGACUAUUACAAAGCCAAUGAAAACGAUGCCAUUCCCAUACGUUGGAUGCCCCCUGAAUCAAUAUUCUACAACCGCUACACCACCGAGUCCGAUGUGUGGGCCUAUGGUGUGGUCCUGUGGGAGAUUUUCUCCUAUGGCAUGCAACCCUAUUAUGGGAUGGCUCACGAGGAGGUGAUUUACUACGUAAGAGAUGGCAACGUCCUCUCUUGCCCCGACAACUGUCCUUUGGAGCUCUACAACCUGAUGCGCCUUUGCUGGAGCAAGCUGCCUUCUGACAGGCCCAGUUUCGCCAGCAUCCAUCGCAUCCUGGAGCGUAUAUAUGAGAGGGCAAUGGCUGCUAUCCAUGUCUGAGUGCUGGCUUCAGCUGAUCACUCCUCCUCCUUUCCCUUCACCUGGCGUAGGAAGUCCUGAAACCCUGACUGCUGUUUCCAUGCUGCUUUAAUGAUGUGUGCAGCCCGCCCAGUUAAAAGCUCAUAAUCUCACAUGCUAUAAUCUUUCCUCAUCCCGGACCUGAAAAAGCGGAUUCUCAUUGGAAUAAUAUCCCUUUUCGUUGCACUUUCCUGACCAAGUCCUUCACUCAGUGACACCGCUUCAGCCCCAUUAAGGUCAAUAGGGAUGUACCGGUGCAAACGAGGAGAAUUUCGUUGUCCUUGUCCAGCAUUCCAGCCUUUGCAAUAUAAGAGUGAACCUGAAAUGUAUGGUAGUUAGCCAUUGUUCUUUUAAAUGCAACAAAGAAAGUUUCCACCCUUUUGCUAGGAAAAGAUCUUUUUUUCCCCCCUCCCAUGCAAAAACUUCCCAUGAUAUGGGUAGAACUCACCCUUGUGUAGAGGACCACGAGCACAUUAGGGAACCAUUUAAAUGAUUCCUUAUUUUGAGGGUGUAAGUGGUGCACAGACCUAGUGCUGGUGCUGUGCACAUGGGUGAAUUUUAUCCUGAGGAUUCCUGCCUGCUGUAUUUUUCAGCUUGCUGUACAGAAAUUGCAUUAUUUCCAUUUUUUCCCCUUUAUUUGAGAUUUCAGCUUUGUUACUGUAUGUUUGCUACUAAGAGGGAUAUACAGUUUUCUGUUAACAAUUUACUUAUUAAACUCCAAUUGUUUUCAAUGUUGGUUGAAGGGGGAGUGGUCUCUGUUUAAAACAAAUUGAAGGGAAUUUUGUUUUGUUUUGUUUUGCUGUCUCUUGUUUAGAUUUAAGUGUUCAUGAAGAGGAUAGUACAAUUUCAAGUAGAUGUGAUUUCACAUCAUGUUUGACAAAAACAUUCAUAGCAUAUAUGAAGAUUUGCCACUGAGGACAUAUAGUGUGAAGUGACAAACCAGAAAAUCCAAGGGUUACAGAAAUCCACCUAUUCAUAUUUUUAUAAAAAUUUUUUAAACAAAAUCUAAAUACAUUUUGCAUGCUUGGUUUCGUUCUUUUUAAUGGUCUUUUGUCAGCAACAUGAUGCAAGCUUGGCCAAGAGGAAGUGCCUCAAACAUAUCAUGGACUAAACCUGAUUCGUUAAUCUAAAUCAGACUUUUUCUAAUAGGCUAUCUACACAUGUUCUGGUUUUAUAAUCUCCUGUAAUUAUCUGAUGUGCAUUUCAUGAAUGAUGCUUUGGAAUGACAUCCCAAGCAGCUAUGUAUAUUUCACAGCAAAUUUUGCACACUGGCACAGUCUGUGUA